GGAGGCUACAAAUUGCAAGUGCUGGAUGCCUUACAGAGACCAGUUCUUGAUCUAACUCCAGUAACAGCAGAUUCUGAAUUUGUUAAAAAUGAUGUGACAGCACAGUCACAUUUGGUGCAGCUGCCACCUGACUUCAACUGCAGUGAUUGUACAAUACGUCUGAUGAGGCAAGCUGAGGAGUGGGGUAAAUCCUACCGUUUCUGGUCCUGUGCUGAUGUUGAUAUCCAGUCAAAAAAAGAAUUUAAAGAAGACUGCAGUGGUCAUGGACGCUAUCUAUUAUCAAAAUGUCGCUGUGAUCGACUAUACUAUGGUCCUCGCUGCCAAUACAAGGAUGAGUGUUUUGACAGUAAUGACUGUGGAGACAGAGGGAUAUGCAUUGAUGUUGAAGCCACUACAUCCCCUCGGAAGCAGUGCUAUUGCGAGCUAGGGUGGUAUGGACCAGAGUGCAUGAAGCGUUCUCCAGUCAAAUCGAUGGAUCUGGACUUCACUGCAUAUAGCAAACGAGAUUUGAGCAACACAUUCACCCUGUACUGGAGAAUCCUGAAGGAGCAGCAGGAGUUGGAAGUAGUAAUGGUUGUGAAUGGUACAAGUUAUGUAGGUCUGGGUUGGCGGCCACGUCAUCUCACAGCUUCAUGCCGCAACUUCCCAUAUUUGGAGGAUUCAGGAAGCAAAGAUGGGAAACAGGAAACUGAAAUAAUAGUAGGUAAACCAGAGCCUGAGAGUCAUCCUGAACCUUCAGGUAAACCAGAACCUACCAGUGAACCAGAACCAAUCAGCAAACCAGAGCCAACUAGUGAACCAGAGCCAAGUAGUGAACCAGAACCAAAUAGUGAACCUGAGCCAAGGCAUACAGAGAAAUCCAAUCAUGGCAAAGUUGUUUCAUCUCGUGAAACCAAGAACUACAACAAUUCAUCAAAUACUGACAAGGAUGUGACUGUAGAAACAAGUGUGUCCUUCAGAGUCAGUUCUUCUCAAGGUCGCAGAAAGAGGGGAACUUCAAAAGAGAAUAACACCCAAAGCAUAGCAUCUGCAGCUGAAUUGGAGCCAGUUUCAGAACCAGAGCCCAAAUCUGAGCCACAGCCAAACUCAGAACCAGAACCUGUUUCUGAACCAGUUUCCAAACCGAAGUCUACUCUGCCAAAUUCCAAAUCAAACACAACAUAUAGACCUAAAGCAGCAGAGCUGGAACCAACCUCAGAACCUGAGCCAACCUCAGAACCUGAACCAACCUCAGAACCUGAGCCAACCUCAGAACCUGAGCCAACCUCAGAACCUGAACCAACCUCGAAACCCGAACCAAGCUCAGAACCUGAACCAAAUUCUGAACCUGAAUCCAAGCCAGAGCCAAUUUCAAAAUAUCAAGCUGAGAUAGAAGGAACACCAAUGUCUAAUCUUCAAGAUUCUAAUGCUGUAACCUACACUCAUCCUUAUGCACCUCGCCAUGAUUUCAAUGCCAUGGAUUGCACAGACAUGGUGAUCGGAUCUGCCCGAGGAACAGCAAGUCGAAUCUGGGAUUACUACACACGUGACAGAUCUACACCACGGCUUGACACUUUCUGGGGAGGUAAGAAUGAUCUUACAGCUGCCAUGGGAUUUGAAAAGGAUGGUGUUACAACAAUCCUGUUCAGGAAGAAACUGAAAGCUACUGAGCCGACAGAUCACUCAAUAGAUGUGGCCUUGAUGCAUGUCAUCUGGGCUCAAGGACAGGAGCCAAACCGUUAUAUCCACAGUCCAAAGUCAGGGCUGGAGCGGGAUCAUGCAUCUGUGAAAGACUUUUACCGCCAAGAUGAGCUAAAAUACCAUGGUCAUGGAGCCCAGAGAGGGCAAACUACACUCAAUUUCUUUGAAGAGUCAGUCCAUCUAUCAGAGACAUCAACAGUGGUAGAUCCCAGUAUAUGUGGUGGUCACUGGCGGACACCAAGAAACUGUGAUCCAGAGCAACACAACUGUGAAUAUUAUGCAAAGUGGGAACACCUCUACAAGAAGGAUGAAGUACGCUUCACUGUCGAGACAAAACACACUACUACAUGGACAGGAAUUGCAUUCUCAAAUGAUACAAAAAUGUCCCAAAGUGAUGCCAUCUUGGGAUGGGUGGACAAGAAUGGACGUGCAUUCUUUAUGGAUACAUGGAUUGGAGGUUAUACAUCCCCACUACUUGACACCUCACAAGAUAUCUACAACAUGAGUGGCCGUAUUCAAGAUGGUGUCACUACAUUAAGUUUUACAAGGAGGAGACUGUCUUCAGACUCCAAGGAUGUUUCCUUCACAGAUGACCAGUGCUUCUAUUUCAUGUUUCCAGUCAGGGGUGGAGUGUUUAAUUCUGUCAACAAAAAGAUACGAAAGCACGAGAUAAUACCCAGUCUCUCAGCAGACAGGAUCUGCAUCAGGCCAUGUGUCAGAGAUAUAAACUCGGUACUGAUGACAUCAACUGCUGCUCCUCCACGGCUCUCCUACAAUGUGGAAGUCAAAUUGGUGAACCUGGGCGAGAAUUUCCAGAUACCAAAACCUGGUUCUCCAGAAUUUGAUAUUCUUGCCAAUACAGUCAGCAAUGGCUUCAGUGGUGCUUUGGGAAGGCUUCCUGGGUUCCAUAAGCUUCAUGUAAAUCAAUUUCAAGAGAGUGAUGACAAAGUGCUUGCCAAAAUGAAUGUGAUCAUGGAUAAAGCACAGUAUGAGAAAGGGAGGUCUCUCAAAGAGGAUCUGAGCCCAGUGGAGAAAGCGCUGCAGGAGACCGUUGCAACAGGCAGAGUUGGAAACCUUGCUGUUGAUCCAGGGUAUCUUGUGUUCGAGGCACAAGGAUUGACAUCUGCUAUUCCUGUGGAAGGGGACUCUCAGAAAGGGGGACUGCUGCUGUCGGCAACAAAACUAUACAUUGUGAUUGGUUGCAUUGCAGCUCUAGUUUUGAUUGCUGUUAUUCAGGCAGGGUGUACCAUUUACAAGACAGUACGAAAUCCUUCUUCCUACCACAAGCGGGUGUAUGCGAUACCACUUGGGACCCCAGGCCAUUUCCACCCCAGUGACUUCCCUGCACCUUACCUUUACACCGAUAACUGGACUUCCGCUCGCCCGGAACAGCCCGGUUUUGUCACAGCUCGGAGAAACUGGUAAUUACCG